UCAGAACACACGGUUCCCAACUGGCGCACGAACGGGUAGUGUGCUACAAUGUAUCAUAAUUUAAUUGCAGUUUUCCUGAUGUAUUUGCUAAACAAUUUAUAUGAGUCGAGCGCGCGACAGCUGGAACUGCAAAUAACAGGCCAAAAAGGACAAUUAUAUAACAACAAAACAUUGAACGAGCAGAGCGUCGAGCUGACAUGCCGCCUCCUCAACAACCAGACCAAGUUCGAUAUGUUUUGGAUGAUAGAUGGGCUAAAGAAGCGUGUUUCGAGAGCAGAGCCGUUGACAGUGAAUCUCGUUGGGCGCAAUAUGACGGUGCAGUGCAAUGCCCGAGAACUGCCCGCUGGCGACGGCACCACCAACCUCACGUCGUAUGUCACAUUGGUUAGAGACACGCAGACCCCGACGACGCCGACCCCGGCUUCCAACGUGGCUAAGGGCGUGCCAGAGUCAGCCGCCGACGGGGGCAAGCACGCAGUCCCGACCUGGCACAUGGUGUUGUAUGUGAGCGCAGCCGCGCUACUGGUCGGGGUGGUUGUCGUGCUUCUUCUUGCCAAACGCCUUUGUAAACGGAGUUCGAACAAGCGACUCUUACAGUUUCAGCUGAGCAGGGGAGAGACGGAGGCGACCGUGUAUGUCACGCCAAAAGACCACGUGUGCGGCGACUCUCCACCGCUCGCAGAUUACAUCGAGCCUUUCCAACAGACAGAGGUCGACCUGAUGUAUUCUACGCCCGUUCCUAAACGUGAUAGAACAAUAUUGAAAAAAGAAAUGGAACGCGAUUAUAAUGGAUCAUAUGAAUACGUGACCCUCGACAAGCACACGCCGCACACGCCGCACACGCCGCACACGCCGCACACGCCGCACACGCCGCACGCGCAUCACACGGCCAAUAGCGGCUAUGCUCGCUAUGUCAACGGAUAAAUCAUGUUUAAUAUAAUGAACACUUUUUUUUUUAAU